AUGAGAUGUGUUUGUAAGUAUUGGAAUACAUUGAUUUCUGAUCCAAACUUUGCCAAGUUACUCUAUACUUAUACAUCUCCUGCUGCCAUAAUCCGACGUUGGCAUUCAAGAAACUUUCACGUUGUUGAAUAUGACCGAAUUGAAUGGUAUGAAAGGAGAAACAAUCCAUUGUGUCUCAAUUUGUUUGAGGUCUUGGAACCUAACAGUAGUAGCAGCAUAAAACUUGAUCCUAAAUUUGAGAUUCCUUUGCCUGAUCCCAAAUCAAUACAGGGUACAGGAGUUUAUGUGGAUGUGCUUUCUUGUAAUGGUCUUUUAUACUUGAGUUGUUCAAUGGAUAGAGACAUCUCACUUGUUUGCAACCCAAUAACAGUUGGAACAUCAACAUGGAUAAACAUUGAGGUAGAUUAUCCCAAGAAUUUGACAUGUGUGUUAAAUUAUUCUACUUAUUUUAACGGGACAAUUCAUUGGGUUGGUAUAGAUGUUGAUGGAAAUUUUGACACGGAGCAGUUCCAAUUCUUCUCUAACGCGCCCAAGGGUCAAGGUACAGGCUCCAUAUUAGAAUUCAAGGGUUCUAUUUACUUCAUGUAUUUUAAUGAGCUGCUUAUCUCAAUGUGGAUGAUGGAAAGAUUUGGAGAUGGAGAAUCUUGGAUUCCUGUUUACCAGUAUUCUGUAAGUUCUGACCGUAAUACUAAUUCUUCUAUAACCACAUCUCAAUUACCUAGUUGUAUUGUCUACUGUGAUAGUGAAAAUCAAGAGUUUAGGAUUUGUGCGACUCCUUGGUAUGAUUUCAAGGUUCAUGACAAGUUUCAAAUGGUUCGCCUUGUUCCUACUCUUGUCCCACUGAAGAAUAUUAUCAUCGGAGAUAAUGUGGAGGUGCAUAGUAUUUACUCAUUGGAUAAUCUAAAUUGA